AUGGUCCCCAGCAGCGGUGACUUGUACCCCAAUGCAGAGCAGCCCAGCCUGUUUUGGCGAACCGCGACGCACCAGACGCUCCUCGUCGUCUCGGCCAUCUCGCGCGCCUUCAUCUACGGUCUGAACAAAACCGAAGUCCAUGGCCUUCCUCGCUUCCUCGAUCUCCUCAAGUCGCGCGCAGACUACAAGACCCGUCGCAGGGGUCUGUUGACCGUCUCCAACCACAUCUCCGUCGUUGAUGACCCUUUAAUAUGGGGUGUCAUUCCUCUGUCCUUCGCCGCCGUCCAUGGCUACAUGAACCACCGGUGGUCCUUUGGCAGUCAUGACAUCUGCUUUACCAAUAGUCCUCUUUCGCACUUCUUCACCAUGGGCCAGGUGCUUCCCACCCACCGCGGUGCCCAUUCUCCCCACGGCGGACUAUUCCAAGCCACCAUGACCGAAGGCGUGCGCCUCUUCUCAAAGAUCUCGACGCAAAACUCUGCCCUGUGCCCGCUGAGCAACCCCCGCUUACAAUCGACGACCCGUGACCCCAGCUGGCCGGGAGACUGCGUCGAUCCGUUCUCAGACAUGGCGCCAGCACCUGCAUACCUUUCGCAGCCAAAUGAUGUGCGGUGGUACCAUGCGCCAUCCCGCUAUGCGAGCAAUGCUUACAGCUGGGUCCACAUCUUCCCCGAGGGCAUGAUCCAUCAGGCCGAAGACAAAACAAUGAGAUACUUCAAGUGGGGAGUAGCGCGGUUGAUCCUGGAGCCGCUGGAAGCUCCGGACGUGGUGCCCAUGUUUAUCGAAGGGACAGAUCAGGUCAUGCACGAAAGCCGAACAUUCCCGCGCUUCCUGCCGCGGAUAGGCAAGAAGAUAACAGUCACAUUUGGCAAAGAGCUCGAUGUGGAAGAGGUGUUUGGAGACUUGCGUAGGAGAUGGCGCGAACUUGUCGACAAAGACGCCCAAGAAAGGGGCAAUGGCCAUUGGAAUGAAAUCAUGCUGGGUAUUGUGCCAGAGACACUGAAGGGUCACCCAGAAGCCGUUGAACUGAGAAAGGAAUGCACCAGGAGGGUACGGAACGCAGUGCUCGAAGUGAGACGGUCUCGAGGCCUACCGGACGAGGAUCCCAAGUCUGGUGUGGCCGAGACCUGGCUGAGGGAAGGCCCUAAACGAGAAGGCAAGAUGGAGGACGGCAGCUGGGUAAAAGACACAUAG